GUAAAUGCACUACUCAAGUCACUUCCCACAUCACUUACUAAUUUGCUUGUUUCCACUAGCAUGGCAGGCGCCCCGGCUCCUCCUCGCACUCCCAAGGGACAGCAGAAGGGAGGUCACCGGAUGUUUGCAGCGUCCGAUGACAGUGCGAUGAUGAAGCAGAUUCAAGCAACUCAUUCUCCUGACGGUCGUGUAGUCGACGUCAAGCCCAUUCUCGGCCUCAUUGAGAGCAUUUUUCGCCAUGCUACUCCAGGCAUUGAUGGAGUUUUGAAUGGGAAACAUGAAGCAAAGACUAGUUCGGAAGAGAAGGCCUAUCUGGAGGCUUUUGACGGUGUCCUAGAGGCGUUGCCUUUCAUUAUACAAAAGAUCUCCUGCGAGAUAUCAUGCAAGUGCAGCGGAGGUGGAGAUGCCCAUGGAACCACGAUGGGUAUAUUCAACAUGAUAUCAGCCUAUUCGUGGGAUGCGAAAGUAGUGUUGGCACUGGCCGCCUUCGGAGUGAACUACGGAGAGUUCUCACUGAUACUCCAUCUCUGCCCCACAAACCACCUUGCAAAAUCAGUAGCUUUGCUCAAGCAAUUACCAGACAUGUUGGAGCACUCUAACUCCUUGAAACCACAGUUUGAUGCGCUCAAUAAUCUCAUCGUUGCUAUGGUGGAAGUGACCAAGUGCAUUAUCCAGUUCAGCGAGCUACCAACUCAGUACAUUUCAGCCGAGACGCCCCCACUGUCAACUGCCAUGACCCAUAUUCCCACUGCAGCCUACUGGACUAUCCGCAGCAUUGUUUCUUGUGCUUCACAAAUUGCUAGCCUGAUAGGGUUGGGGAACGAAUACAUGCCAUCAACCACUGAAGCAUGGGAAUUAUCCAGCUUAGCCUACAAGGUCGGUAGCAUACAUGAUCACCUUAAGAAGCAACUUGCCCUCUGUUACCAACAUAUAGAUGAAAAAAGGCAUUUCGAAGCUUAUCAGACGCUGGUACGCCUCUUCGACAAGAUUCAUUUGGACAACAUGACCAUUCUCAAGCAUUUAAUCUAUGCCAAGGACGACAUACAGCCGCUGGUGGACGGCACCGAAAAAAAAAGGGUCAUCCUUGAAGUGCUGAGAAAGAAGACAGUGUUGCUACUAAUAUCAGAUCUUGAAAUUGCCUCUGAAGACAUCGAACUUCUCGACCACAUGUACAGAGAGUCUCGUUCAAGGCCUGAGAACCAGUUCGAAAUAGUGUGGCUUCCAAUUGUGGAUAUCGAUCCAAAGUCAGCUGCUUGGGAUACGACCCAUCAGCAGAGAUUCGUGGUGCUGCAGAAGAGCAUGAGCUGGUACACUGUCCACCACCCUUCGAUCCUUGAACCGGCGGUGAUCAAGUACAUAAGAGAGGUGUGGCAUUUCUCGAAGAGGAUCAUCAUAGUAGCUCUGGAUCCACAGGGGAAGUUGGCGAGCCCCAAUGCCCUCCAUAUGAUCCGGAUAUGGGGAACCGUGGCCUUCCCUUUCACCAAGGAGCGAGAGGAAGCGCUAUGGAAGGAGGAGAGCUGGAGACUCGAGCUGAUCAUCGAUGGCUUAGACGAAGGGAUUAUAACAGAAUGGAUGGCACAAGGAGCAUACAUUUGCCUAUUUGGAGGUGAGGACCUUGAUUGGAUCAGGAAGUUCACAAACGCAGCCAAAGCCGUCGCUAAGACUGCAAAUAUCCAGUUGGGAAUGUUUUAUGUGGGAAAGAGCAAUGCCAAGGAGCGAGUGCGGAGAACAGUGACCGCCAUCACCUCAGAGAAACUGAGCCACUGCUGGAACACCCCCACAUUCUUCUGGUUCUUUUGGGCUAGACUCGAGAGCAUGCUCCACUCAAAGUUGCACCGCGGGAAGUCCAUCGAAAACGACCCAAUAAUGCACGAGAUCAUGACGAUACUCAGCUAUGACGGGAGCGACCAAGGAUGGGCUAUUUUCUGCCAAGGUGCAGGGCUGGAGAUGGCCAGAGCCAAGGGCAACAAUGUCCUGGAGAGCAUGGAGAAGUUCGACACAUGGAAGGACGACGCAAAGCAGAAGGGUUUCGUCCCUGCGCUGCACGAUCAUCUAAGAAAGAAGGAGCUCGACACUCCACACCACUGCAGCCGCCUGAUCCUGCCUGGGAUCGAUGGGGGAAUCCCGGAGAGGGUCGUGUGCGCGGAGUGUGGCCGUCCGAUGGAGAAGUUCAUUAUGUACCGCUGCUGCACCGAAUAAGCAAAAGGUCAAAUAUAAUUACUUGGAUGCCAAGGUAUCUUGUGAUGUACCAUCUGGAGGUUAUGCAAGAUUUGGUUGUGGAAGACAGCGAUGCCGGUUGUGGCGUCCAGUCUGGUGUGGUGUUCGUUCAGAGCCUGGCUCUGGCUUUCAUGCAAUCUAUUCGGUUUGUCCCCUUUUUUUCUUUUCGGUUUCCUUUUGCGAUUUCAAUGGUGUUCUGUUUCGAAGUGUUCAGAUGACAUGUUGGUGUAUGGCUUGACCGCAACUUUCCUUGUACUCUUAUGAUGAUAUGCAUUUGUGUUGGCUUCAA